UUGAUUAGCUGUGUUUUGUUAUGGGUGGACCACGGUGCUCGGGACGAAAUAUCGGUUCCUUUACUGUGUCGUGAUCAUUCCGUCUCGUAGUACCUGUCGGAGGUGCUUGUACUUUUAUCAAUCAGUGCGAAAAUUCAUCGGCGAAAACGGUCGGCAAAGGUUAAGGGAACUAUGCCCGAGGAGGGCUUUUAGGCAUCAUCAUUCAGUCUUUGACUACGGGAACAUACCAAGCACGGUUAACUAAAAAGCUGAACUGCUCAACUGCUGCAGCAGCCUAGACGUCGCAGAAUAAACGGAAGCCAACAGCGUCUCAACAGCGGAAGUGACAAGUCAGCGUAUUGUGCGUUGAGCGGGGAAAAGUGUGCACCUGAACGUUGCAUUCCACGAAAUUGCACGAUGCAUAAAGCAGCGUACAGUGUUACCUUCGUUCGUCACGGCGAAAGCGAAUGGAAUAAGAUGAACCUCUUCUGCGGUUGGCACGACGUCGGUCUCAGUGAGGAAGGUGAAUGGGACGCGUUGGAAGUGUCGGCAGCAGCACUGAAGCGGGAAAACAUGCGUUAUGACAUCGCGUUCACUUCCUGUCUGCGCCGAGCUAACCAAACUCUGGACAUUAUUCUAAAGGAGCUCAAUCUCACCGACAUUCCUGUGAGGCAGCUGUGGCGCCUAAACGAACGUCACUACGGUGCUCUGACCGGGUUUAACAAGCGCCAGAUGGCCGACAUCUACGGCGAAGAGCAGGUACAGGUGUGGCGGCGCAGCUUCAACGUCCCACCGCCAGCCAUCGAACCAACCAACCCGUAUUAUCACGCGAUCAAGAACAAUCCUCGACUGCGGCACAUUAGCGAGCAGGAUUUCCCCACGACCGAAACACUCGAAACGACCAUGGAGCGAGUCGUGCCGGAGUGGACGGACUCUAUCAUACCGGAGGUUCGUGGCGGCAAGCGGGUACUGGUUGUGGCCCAUGGUACUAGUCUGCGCGGUUUGGUGAAGCACAUUCAAGGUAUUUCAGACGCGGACAUCAUGAAGUUCAACCUACCGAACAGUAUUCCGUUCAUAAUAGAUUUCGACGAGUCGAUGAAGAUGGUGGGCGGCAUCCGGUUUCUGGCGAACGACGACACCGUGCUGAAGGCCAUGGAGAAGGUGGCUUCGAUCGGUGGAAAGUAGCAACAAAAGGACUAAGCUUAAAAGUUUCCCCGAUAUCCCAAACGUGUAACACACAUACACCCCGCACUGCUCCGAUACGUCCGGUGCUACUCUACCUCAUACCCAGAAACCUUUUUCUUAGUAGGUGCAAUGGUUUCUUUUACUACUCUUUGGAGGGUUUUGCUAGGAGCAGUGUUAGACAAAACUCUCUUGUUUGUUUGUGCUUUCCUCUCAUAAUUUUGAACUACUUUUCUGUCACUAGAAAACCAGGUUUCUGAGCGAUUUUUUUAAAUAUUAAUAUGGCAUAAUGUUA